AUGGGGAUGAUUGUUGUGGGCAAUGGUGACUUUUUGGUUCGAAGAUUACAUCGAUCCACUCAAGGUGUACUUGGCAGGGUGACACCAAGGCAUAAGCAAAGGAUGCAGAUGGAUCUAGAAAUGAUGCAAUACAACAUAGUACUAGUUCACAGUUUUCCUGAGUUUGAGCUAAAGGUUUCCUGGGAAAAAGAGGUUCAUGGUGAAGGAGAAUUUGAACUAAAAGUGAAAAGGAGUUUGUCUUUGGUGAAUAAGUACAGUACUAUUUUAAAGGAUGAGUAUUUGAUUCCAGGUUCAUGGUGGAUUGAGAAGAAUAAAAGGAUUGUUCUUGAUGAAAAUGGAGACUGGAUUUUGGCAUCACCAUUGGAUGAGGAUCAACCUGUGCCUAAAUUUUGA